AUGCUGCGGCACCUGCGCAUGGCCCCAGCCACCAAGAGGCCGCCCAGGUUGGAGGGGCAGCUUUUUGGUAUGAUCCAGGAGUGGUGUCGGCCUCUCUACCGCUACCGCAUUCCGCACACCUCGACACCUCGUGACCGCGUGUGCACAUGCGCCUACCCGCUCUACACCCUACGCUCCUCUCGACGCUCCCCGUAUGACGAGCCAACCGUGUACACGUCGGCACACGAGGCCAUUCAUGUGACUGGUGCUGGCGCGCCAUCCACCAGCGAUGCUCCCGCACUCUCUUGGAGGUUGUCUGGGUGCUCCUCGCCUGUCUACACGUCGGCCCCGGCCACCGCGAAAGGCUGCGCCGCUGCCUCGUCUUUCCUUUCGUCGUUCGGACGGCUUCCAUCCCUGCGUGCCCGCUGGGCUGUGCGGCGGCGAGGAUCACGCCAGGCUGCUGUCCCCCCGACCACCCCUUUAGCACCACCCCCGCAGUCGUCCGAGGCGUGCUACCGGUGCAACAUAUGUGAUGGUCUGCAAGGCCACGCAGAGGCGAGCGACGGCGCGCUGACAACUUCUAGCGGAUCCACUGGCACUGGUGCCGCAUCGACAGAGCAUGCAACCACCACAGCUACCACGUCGUCAGCCGAGUGGAAUGAAGAGGAUGAAGGCGAAGGGACCACCGGCGUCGCUGCGGCCUCGCCUGACAGCAGCGUGGACGAGCGCUACGGUUACACCAUCUCCACUGACAUCGCCAACACUGCCAUGGAGGGCGCCGAAGUGGCGGAGCUCCGGCACCUGGACCCGUUCCACGUCGAGGUCUUCGGAGGACCGUCGUGGUCGGCGCUGACGAAGCGAAUCGCGCGGGAGGUGCAGGCACAGUUCACCCGAUGCGGCCUGCGCAAGCGAGACGUCUCGCGGUACGCCGCCCAGGCAGCCCUUAACAGUGAGAUGAGUCGCCAGACGUACAAGUUGUGGGUGCGCCAAGGGUCGCGCCACAUUCGUGAAAGGCAGCUGCAGUCGACCACGUCUGCCACUGCCAUUGGCUCCUCUUCGCCGAAGUCCCAGCUCUCCGUUGCACCAUCCGAGCAGGCGAUAAUCAAAGGCAAGCUGGACACGCUCCACACAGCCUGCUACCUCGCCCGCUACGCGAUGGCCGCCUACGGGCUGCCCUUUGAGCUCAACUACUUUUCCAGCUUGCGUGAGCUGUCGAAGCUCAUGGCAGAGCCUCACCGGCGCUACGUCUGCGCCAACUCUGAGGAGCAGCUCGAGUCAAUGCGCCGCAUGCUGCAGGGCGAGGAGCCGAACGCGUUGCUUGAGUGUGUGGCAAGUCGCUACUCCCUUCGCGUAGGUCAAUCUUGCUGGGCCCUCUUCCUGGACCACGCUACGAACCGAGUCGUGCUCACCUUCCGCGGCUCGCUGACGCCGGCAGACAUCGUGGUGGAUGUGACAGAGGGCUAUGCCAACGUCGUGCUGGAGCGCGUUCCUAUGGAUGGGGCAACGACGGCCACCGGCAUCGACCCAUCGCCGCAACUGUGCACAGCAAUUCCGCUGGGCUUCUACGAGUCCGUCAUCGAGGCGGGUGCUCAGCUGCUCCCUCUCCUGCGUACCAUCCACAGCCAAUACAGCACCUACCAGCUUUGCAUCACCGGACACUCUCUGGGCGGUAUCCAGGCCUCUCUCUUUCACCUUCUGUACUGCGGGCCGUGGCGCGCGGUGCUGCACUCGUCAACGACGCUGAUGCGCCGCGCAAAGACGCUCAUGUGCCCCUCUUCGCUGCCUUCGGCGCCGCCUCCUGCCUCUGCAGCCAUCGCGUCCGCUGACACAGCGACGGCCACGGCCAGCGCUGCCGCGCAUGUGCCUUUUACCAAGACAGUGACUUGCACAUUUGGUGCCGCCCCGGUCGUGGAGCGGCGUGUCGCUCCACUGCUGAAUGUGUGGCUGCACCAGGAGGAGCAGCGCUCUGGAAGUCGUCUUCUGGCCUUCAGCAAUGGCAUGGACGUAUGUUCCCGGCUACAGUUGCGGUCGCUUCAGGACGCCUUUCUGCAGCAAUACGCGCGGCCGACGGAGGAGAGUCUGUCUAGCGACGACAGGGCUGCCGUCUAUGACACCGGAGCUGCGGUCGCAGGGGUGUCCGACCAAUCCGUACCCCUGCUCGCCAUUCCUGGCUCGUUGUACAACAUGACAUCCGGGACGCGCCGCCGCCAUCUCCUUGCCGUUCCCCUUACCGCCACCGCGGUGCGUGAGCAGGUGGUCCUCAUUCCUGAAGCGGUCUUGCAUCACUACCCCUCGCUCUAUCUGCGCAACCUUAACGAGCUGCUGCGUCGGUAUAGGACCAAGUGGCAGUCCAUCUGCGACGAUGCUACGACGACGCCGACCGCAACUGCCACCGCGGCAGCUGUAGCACUGUCAAGGGACAACCCCUCACGCGAGAUCCGUGGGGGGUGA